AGAUUCUCAUUGUUUACCACUUCCAGUUUCCAGUAAUGGGAACGAUUGCUUGACUAAUACCAAGCCAGUUUCUGCUGCAGAUUUAGAAAAAACUACAACUUUUCAUAGAGAAGCUGCUUUAGCUGUUUCUUUCAAAACACCAUAAACCAAACAUUUAUAUUUUUACCUCGUUUAGGGUCCUUGAGGCACAGUCAACCAGAGCUGAUGAACAUCGUUUUAUUUUGGAACUAGGUAGCUGCUCUCCAAUCACAAGAUGUGUCUUGCUCUCCUGGUGAUUCUCUUACACUGUUCAAGCCUUAAAGCUCGUGAAGUUUUUACCAUCAACAAGGUUGAAAUCCGGGCUGACCCAUCGCUUCAAGUGCCUAAUGGAGAUGCACUUACCAUCCUCUGUAUUGCAGACAUUAGCAAAUCUGGGAACUUCAUGAUAGAACAUCAUUUCACAUUUUUUAAGGAUGGCAGGAUUCUGUCUGAUAUCACAUCAUUGCAAAACAGGACAGAGUAUAAAAUACCGGCAGCUAGAUUUGCAGACACAGGAGAGUAUGUCUGCAUGGUGAAAGCCAAAGAGAAGAAAAAAAAAAGUGAAGUAAUGCUUGUUAAAGUCACUGGGCUACCCAAGCCAAAACUGACUGCUCUGAAAAACAUGGUAACAGAGGGGGAGGAAUUAGUUUUGAAGUGCGAAGUUCCAGAAGAAGCUCCUCCACUUACUUUCACUUUUCAGAAGUUACUGACCCCUGGAGGGCCAGUAACAAGAACAAAGAAGGAGUUGGAAAAAAAUUUUACGACAAUAGAAAUUCCAGUUGAACCUGGGGAUAAAAUAUUGAGAUUUCAAUGUAUUGCCAGUGUGUAUUCAGCACAUGGUAUGCAAGAGUCAGCCCCAAGUGAUGUGGAACUUGUAACAGUUGUGGAACCCUUUUCAACUCCUGCUCUGGUCAUCGAGCCUUCCCUGAACGUUACAGAAGGAGAUAACGUUAAACUGGUAUGCAGAGUUGUAGUCCGAAACUAUGACAUUGAAAUCAUCAUCCAGAAAGACAAAGUAAUAUUGAACAGCACCAGGGGCCAGAACACUUUGACCUACUUUACCAAAGUGAGCAUGCAAGACAAUGGCAAUUACACGUGCAAGGUGGAACUGGGGAGUGUUUCCAAAGAAAAGACCGUGAACAUGGUUGUGACAGAGUUGUUUUCGAAACCAGAAUUGAUUCAUUCUGCGAAGAUGAUAGAUGAAGGUGAUUGGUUACAACUACAGUGCAAGGUUAAAGGCUUAUUACCCGUAACAAAGAUCUCCAUCAAAACAAGAUAUUUAGGAAAAGAUAACCUGUUGAAUGAUUCCAGCAGCUUCAUUACAAAAGCCCAUGUGAAUAACACUGCGACCUAUAUUUGUACAGCUGAGAUAAAUGGAAUCAUUAAAGAGAGCGACCCUGUAAAGAUAAAUGUUUAUGCUCCAGUCUCCAUCCCACAACUUUGGAUUGUCCCUUCUGUCCGUGAUGUGAUAUUAGGGCGAGCAAUACGUUUUCAGUGUCAGUCUAUGUAUGGAACACCACCUAUAACAUACAAGUUCUUCAGAGGAAACAAAACUGUUAACUCCAGCCAAAUUUUUAAUAAACUACCCGCUGAAUUCAGGGACAAACCAACUGAAGUAGGUGUGGAACAAUACAGUUGUGAAGCUAGCAACCAUCACUCUCAUAUUAGGAAAAGGAGCAGAGAGCUAAACAUUACAGUAAUAGCCCCUGUUGGGAAAGUAAAUCUCAUCAGUGUGCCCAAAAGGGAAGUGGAAGACGGCAAAGGUAUCAGCUUUCGCUGCUAUGUGGAAACAGGAUCUUUGCCAAUUAAUUUCAAACUUUUAAAACAGAAUAACAGAAAACCCAUAUCUGAAGAUACAAAAAUGGACACCGAGGUCAUUUGGUAUAAGGAAACAUGGAGUAAGCAGGACUCAGGAGAAUAUUUUUGUGAAGCCUCCAACCCAACCAACAUAGUCCAGCGAAGCGAUGUAAUAUCUAUUAAUGUCAUCCUGGCUUCCUGGCAGAAAGUGCUUAUUGCAUUAUUCGUCCUAGUCAUUAUUGUCAUACUGGGUUGCGGUGGUUGCUGUUGGUACUUAUGGAAGAAGAGAAAGGCUAAACAUCCUUCCAUCGAGAUGUCUGGAUCUGCAGGAGUCACUAAUUCAGCUGGUGUGAAACUGGAACCGAGACAGAACAGUGAUGGGCAAUACUAUCCUGGUUACAUGGAUGAUAGCGAAAAUCAUAUGAAAGCAACAGAUGAAAAUAAAGGACCUGAGCACGAGAUUACUGAGGUGGAGUAUACUGAAGUUGAAGUGUCGACGCCUGAUCCUCACAGAGCUCCUGUACAGAAGGGGACUGAACCAGUUUAUAGUGAAAUCAGAAAAGCUAACAAUGAUGCUGUGCCUUCACCCUGAGGAUCUGAUCCAAAGAUGAUGGGAGGCUCCCUGCUGGCUUUUAUAAGGCAUUGGAUCAGACCCUUGGUGGCAUCGCAGAGCUCACUGCGAUACUGUAGCCUUGGGGCUCCUGUCUGCUUUCUAUUUUUAAUUCUUCUUUGGGAAAAGGGAAAUCUAAUGAACAUAAUACACAGCCAGUCUCAGUGUCACUUACACUGGAAAAACGAAUCCGUCACUUGGAGGCAGUUGCAGCGACGAGACAGGAAGUCCAAAGAAUCCUGUUGCAACUGACAAUGCACUGGAAAAACAAAUAUACCCUAGUGGAAGGAGACAUGAGAAAUCCCCACUGAACUGAGCACUUUGGAACCAGCUAUUAGAGAGUGGCUGCAGUGAUCAGGAAAUUUGCUUUACUGUUUUUCUGCACCCAGACCCCAGCUUCAACACCUCAGUACUCAGCUGGGAUUUCUUAUUAGAGCUGGGAAAAACCUUGACAGCAGGGAAGUUCACUUGGUUUGGAAACUUCCUGGCACACUCCGAAGUUUGGCUAAGAUGAGCUGUGUUUUGAGCAGCUCAUGUGGAAUAACGUGGAACCACCUGUAGUAUGAGCCCAUGCAAGUCCUUAACAGAUCUGGCUCUGGCUCAGCAGGUAAAAGAUUUGGACCUCAAGCCUGGAUCCAGACUAUCAUUACACUGUGAGGAAUUAAGAUCCACAUUUUGUAGUAUUUGACUCGAGUUUCAGCCAAACAUCAGGCAAAGCUUGGUGAUUUCAGCAGCAGCUCUAAAUGCACAGUUUCAGGGUUCAUUGGGACUGACAAUUUAAAACAAAAUGCAUGUGAACCCAUAGGUAAUGUCAUCUUAAUGCUUCUGCUAAGCUCCGUUGUACUUCUGCUACCAGUGCAAUAGAGUGACCGCAAAUUUACUUUGCUUUAAAUGAGAUCAAAUUUGACCUAAGAGUUGUACCCUGUUCUCAUCUAUGUUUCACACUCAUGCCUGAUCUAUGAUUGAAUUCAGCCGUAGCCCUUGACUGUUGACUUAGAAAUCUCCCCUUAAGCCUGUAGGGACUUGCAAAUUCUUAAAUUCCACAUAUUCUUAUGUGGGUAAUAGCAGCCAAAGCCACACAGAGCUGGCAUUUGUGCUAUAAGGUCAGUUCAGUCUUUGGUUCCUGUAUGCAGAUGUAUUCAUGCAGCCUGAUGCCAUUCAGAAUGAACAACAGGAACAUACGUCCCUAUGGGCUAUGCCUGGGAGUACCACCAUGUAGCGCACUCUGCCCACCUGCUUCUACCCUGCCAUGCCACAUCCCAGAAAUAGGGUAGAAAAGCAUAUCCCAGAAAGGUGCCAAGCACCUGGGGUGCUGGGCAGAUACUCCGUGGUGCUCUAGAGCAGUUACAUUGCCUCAUUUUGGAGAGCUGGUGCAUGGAGUGGGAGUGAGCGAGCAGGGGAUGUUUCAUAGCAGCGCUCUUGGUCAUGGUACAGAAGCAACAUAGACACACUGUUAGAAACCUGUAAAAGCAGGCCAGCUUCUGAAUACUCGGGAGCCAUCUUAGUAAUCACUCACUUUGAACUUCAGGCUCACUUUUCUAGUGCCUGUUACAGAGAAUACAUAGCCCCUUCUUCACCACUGUUCCACAUGACCCCUGCUCCAUAUCCAGGAUGUCUCUGCAUCUUCCCCUGCCUCUCUUACUGGGAGAGAGCUCUGCCUGUCUCCUUGGAACUGCUAGCAUCCCCCCAACCAACAAUUAAAUCUGGCUUCACUCAGAUAACAAAAAGCUCUGUAUAUAUAUUCAAUAGUUAAAACGGGAAAAAUUGUAAAGCAUUAACAUCUUGGCAUAUGGUAUACGAAAAGCACCAUCUAGCCAGAUUAGUUAGUGUAGUAUAAACAACUCUAUUUUAGUUACAGAAUAUUUGCUUAUUUGCCUGGCUCAUAACACUGCAGAAAUCACUUGGCUUCUAACAGCCAAAACAAUCCUUGGCACCUCAGAGGCAGUGUAUGUUAUUCCAUGGCUGGGGAUCUGCCAUUUACAUAGCAAUCCAAUUAGCUAUUACCCGUAUGAUUUUGAUCUUGUGUGAUAUAGUUAUAAAAAAAUGGAAGGUGCAUUGUUGUCAUGUAUGACCUAGUAGCUUUUGAUUAGCAAACAUCCCUUCAUAUGAAGUUGGGAAAUGUACAAAAUUUAUAAUUUCCUCCUUCCUGGUAGCACAAUACACAGUAACUAAGGAUUAGAAUGUAAUUUGUUUCAUCAAUCAUAUGGAUAGUUUUGUCCAUUUCAAAUUGGGCUUUGAUCUAGCUGAGGGUAAAUGGCAUUAUUGUUUUGCACUGUUAAUACUUGAAGCACGCAGAAAGCUUUUGUGUAUUUUCCAAGCAAGUUUUGAUUUGCUUCUUAUUAAACUGGAUAUGCAUAUUGGGCCCAACUUUAUACUGGAAUCAGUGGAGUUGCACUGGCAAGUUGGGUCACUCAAGGCGUUUCUACACAUGUAGGUAUGCACACCUAAACUUAAUGCACCUUUGUUUAUGGCAUGUUAAGGCGAUUCAGGUGCACAUCUACACAUAGAUGCACUAAUGUGCAUUAAGAUGCAUUAAAUUUAGGAUGGCAUAGCUAAAUCUUAUUAGUGCACGUGUAGCCGCGCUAAUGCACAUUAAGAGUCUAUAUGUGGGUUAAUGCAAGUUAGCUAUGCCAUCUUAGCCAUGCUUGGUACUUGCUUUAAGCAGGUAUCAAGUUUAGGUGGGAUUAGCCUAAAAUUGCCAUUUUUAAGGCACAUUAAGGGCAUGUACGUGUGGAUACAUGCCCUUAAUGCACCUUAGAAAUGGCAAAUUUAGGCUAAUCCUGGUUAAAAGGGCCAUGUAGACAAACCCUCAGCUCCUUUGUAGGACUCCUUUUGUAAGACCAGACAGUUCUUAAUGCAGAGUCUCUUAUUGCAGAACUCUUGGCAUAUGAAUGGAUAGUUCAUGCUGGUAUUUAUUCUGUAUUCUAGACCAGGGCAGAUAAAAUAUGGCCUGCAGGCCAGAUCUGGCCUGCCAAGCACUUUCAUCCAGCGUGCAAAGCCCCUCCCCCAACAAAUUGUACCCUGCCGAGCCUUUCCACCCACAAGGCUGGGAGUGAGGUGCCCAUGUGUACAUGCAGCCCCAAAAACGUACUACAUUGCUUCACUCCUACCUUUGUGGGCAGAAGGGUCUGGAGGGCCAACGUGCAGCUUCCGUGCAGGGCUGCUGCUGCUGCAGUCCCCAGGACCUGCUCGUUUCCCCAGUCUCCUGCUGGCUCUGAGCAGCGGGUGGGGCUGCAGCUGGGAGGGAGCCCGGAGCAUGGGGCUGGGGCUGGUGGCAGGGUGGAGCCUGUGCCCAGGGAAACGGGGCAGCGACAGCACGGAGCUGGGGGGGGCAGUGUAUGGGGGGGGG